AUGAACCUUUCACCGGAGCAAUUCCAGAAAUUGUUGAUGCAGCAACAAUUGCAAAUGGAAACUCAAUGGAAGCUAAUCGACUCUUUGACGCAGCGGCUCAACCUGCAGUCACCAGAUCCGGGUCCUCGUGAGUUCCAGACCAACUCUAUUGAUAUGCUUGCCAAUACAAUUACCGAAUUCAAUUACGACGCGAAUGUGGGUCACACGUUCGAUGCAUGGUUCAAACGCUGGGAAGACAUGUUCCGGACGGACUUCAGCCGUCAGGAUGAUUCCUGGAAAGUGCGAGUACUGGUUCGAAAGCUUGGAACCAAUGAACACUCCAGAUUUGUGGACCAUAUUCUUCCGAAACAACCCAGAGACCUCAAGUUUGACGAAGUGGUGGCGCAAUUAUCUGAAAUUUUCGGGGAGACUGCCUCCUUAUUCAGUAUCCGUUAUGAGUGUCUAAAAAUUGUCAAGCACGAUACGGAUGAUUAUGGCAUGCUGGCUGACACAGUCAACCGGGAGUGCGAACGUUUCAAGUUGCGCUUACUGACGGAUGAUCAAUUCAAGUGCCUUAUAUUCAUCAGAGCACUUCAGUCCCCACAAGAUGCCGAUAUUCGUACCCGACUGCUGUCUAAGCUUGACCACGACCCGGAUAUGAAUCUGAAGUCCCUCAUGGCAGAGUGCAAGCGGCUUAUCUCCCUCAAGCAUGACGCGGCCAUGGUAGAGCAGAAAAUUUACGAAGCUGAAAUCAAGCCUGUGCAUGCGAUGAAAAAAGGAAGGCCAGUUUCCGUUUCGAAGUCUAUGGAUAAUCGCUCAAGGCAGCCACCAACGGCUUGUUGGUCAUGUGGCCAAUGGCACUUUGUUCGUUUCUGUCCUUUCAAGAAACAUCUCUGUCAGAAAUGCAACAGGCGGGGUCACAAGGAAGAAUGUUGUACAUUGAACAGGCCUUCGAACGUCAGUCGAAAAAAAUCGGUUCGAACGGGAUUCAAAAAGACAUACCCAGAGUCCCGUUCAGUCGUAGCGGCUUUCCAAGCAGAUCUCCAAGGGCGGCGAAAAUACAUUACUCUGCUCAUCAAUGGUAAAUCAACGCGAUUGCAGUUCGAUACGGCAUCAGAUAUAACCCUGAUUUCUAAAAGCACCUGGAACCAUAUUGGAAGACCAUUGGUUAUCUCAUCUAUCAAGGAGGCAAGGAAU